AUGGAUCUGAAUGAGGUUAAUGAUAACAGUGCGGAAACAAAUGAAAAUCAACAAACAAAUUCAUCAGAUACUUUUCGUUUUGCUACUGGAUUCGAAAAAUUUUUAAUAUCAAUAUCAUUAUUAUUUGGAAGUAUUGGAUCCUUAGGAGUACCAUAUUCAGUUAUCGCAUUUGCAGAAGUUUCAACACUUUUAAUUGAUCGAUCAUCAAAUAUUGGUACAUCAACUCCAACUGUAAUAUUAAAAUGGUUUGGUGGUGGAAAAAUAUUGACCAAUGCAACCAAAGAAGAAAAUAAUAAAGAAAUAAUUAAUGAUGGUAUAGCGUUCGGAUUAUCAGCAUUAGUGGGUGCAACAAUUCAAUUAAUUCUACUGACAAUUGCUGUCAAUACAAUAAAUACUUGUGCAAUAAAUCAAAUAUCUCGAAUAAGAAAAAAAUUUUUUAAAUCGAUUCUCCGACAGGAUAUGACUUGGUUUGAUUUAUUUAAUAAUGAUUUUAAUUUUACAACAAUGAUGACAAAAGAUUUGGAUAAUUUAAGAGAAGGAUUAGGUGAAAAAGUUCUUAUAUUUUGGUUUCUAAUGACUACAUAUAUCACAAAUAUAAUUUGUUCAUUUUGUUAUGGUUGGGAACUUACUGCAGCUGUACUAUGUUUAACGCCAAUUAUUAUAAUUUCGACAGCUUUAUUUGGGAAAAUGCAAAGUUCUUUAACAGAAAAAGAAUUAAAAUCAUAUUCAAAAGCUGGUGCAGUAGCUGAAGAAGUUUUUAGUAAUAUAAGAACAGUUGUAGCAUUUAGCGGAGAAGAAAAAGAAGUUGAACGUUACUCAAAUAAAUUAAUACCAGCCGAAGAGUCAAGCUUACGUAAAGGUUUACUAUCAGGAAUUUGUAAUGGAGCUGUUUGGUUUAUGAAUUAUAGCUUUUAUGCGGUACCAUUAUGGUAUGGUACACAAUUAAUAUUAGAAGAUCGCGCUAAUGGUUUAAAUGAUUAUUCACCAGUAGUUUUGAUAAUUAUUCUAUUUUGUGUUUUAACUGGUGCACAAAAUUUAGGUUUAGCAUCACCUCAUAUUGAAACGUUAUCAGUUGCUAGAGCUGCUGCUGCUAAUAUUUUUCAAGUUAUAGACAGAAAAUCAACAAUUGAUUCGAUGAGUGAUGAAGGUUUAACACCAUUAAACAUUAUUGGUGAUAUUGAAUUCAAAAAUAUUCAUUUUGAAUAUCCGUCACGACAAAAUGUAAAAAUUUUAAAUGGUAUUAGUUUUAAAAUUGAAUCUGGUAAAACAACAGCCCUAUUUGGUUCUUCAGGUUGUGGUAAAUCAACUUGCAUUCAUUUAAUUCAACGACUUUAUGAUCCAAGUGAAGGAUCAGUAUUAAUUGAUGGUAUUAAAGUUAAAGAUUUAAAUGUAGCAUGGUUAAGAUCACAAACUGGUGUUGUCGGACAGGAACCAGUACUUUUUGCUACAACAAUAGCUGAAAAUAUUAGAUAUGGUAAACCAUCAGCAACACAAGACGAAAUUGAAAAUGCGGCAAUAAUAUCAAAUUGUCAUAAUUUUAUAAAAAGAUUACCGAAUGGAUAUGAUACAAUUGUUGGUGAAAAAGGUGCACAAUUAUCUGGUGGACAAAAACAAAGAGUUGCAAUAGCUAGAGCAAUUAUAAAUGAUCCUAGAAUACUAUUAUUAGAUGAAGCAACAUCAGCAUUAGAUCCACCAUCUGAAAAGAAAGUACAAAUUGCAUUAGAAGAUGCCAGUAUUGGAAGAACCACAUUAAUUGUAUCACAUCAAUUGGCUACAGUGAAACAUGCUGAUAAAAUAAUUUUUAUUAAAGACGGUAAUAUUGUUGAAGAAGGUUCCCAUGAAGAAUUAAUGGAUCGUAAAGGAAUUUAUUAUACAUUAGUUAAUUCAUACAAGGAAUAUGAAGAUGAUUAUAGUGAGACCGAAGAUGAUGAUUCAUCCGAAGAAGAAUAUGCCCAAAGAAGUUUAAGCACGGUCGUUCGAAGACAGUUUCAAUCAACAAAAUCAUUUCUGAGCUAUGUUGAAAUUCGUGAUGAAUUAGAAAAAUCACAAGAUUUUGCAGAAGAAGAUAUUACACGCGUCUCAAUGUUUCGAUUAAUGGAAUUAAAUUCACCUGAAUGGUUAGAGAUUUUAGUUGGUUGCAUUGCUAGUAUUUUACAUGGCGCGUCACUUCCAAUAUUCGCUAUAAUAUUAGGAGAAUUUUAUGGAGUGUUUUCCUUGCCAACCUCGGAAGAUAUUAGGUAUCAAAGCAACUUGUAUGCCUCAUUAUUUAUAGUUCUAGGUGUAAUAGCUGGUGUAGGAACAUUUUUUCAAGUUUAUAUGUUUAACAAAGCUGGUGUAGAACUAACAAGUCGACUAAGGAAACAAGCAUUUCAAACUAUUACCCAUCAAAAUAUUGCAUUUUUCGAUGAUAAAACAAAUUCAGUGGGAGCACUUUGUGCCAGUCUAGCAACAGAUUGUUCAAAUAUCCAAGGAGCAACUGGAAGUCGUAUUGGAACCCUUGUUCAAUCUAUUGCUACAUUAGUAAUUGGUUUAAUAAUUUCUUUAUAUUAUUCAUGGGAUAUGGCACUUGUCACAACAAUUAUUUUACCGUUUUUAAUGUGUGCUAUUAUUAUUGAAUCAAGAUAUAUGAAAACAGCUGACGAAGCUGAACGUCAAUCAAUUGAAAAUGCAUCAAAUAUCGCUGUAGAAGCUAUUUCGAAUAUGCGGACUGUAACCAGUUUGGGACAAGAAAAUUAUAUUUUGAAAAGAUAUUGUGACGAAAUUUACCAGGCAAAACUUGCUUGCAUUAAAAAAUCAAAAUUCAGAGGUUUAAUUUAUGGAUUAUGUCAAGCAAUGCCGUUCCUAUCAUUCGGUUGGUCCCAUUGCUAUGGUGGAUAUGCUGUUGUGAAGAGUGACUUACAUUAUAAAAAUAUAAUUAAAGUAUCAGAAGCCCUUGUAUAUGGAUCAUGGAUGCUAGGACAAGCUCUGGCAUAUGCACCAAACAUUAAUUCAGCUUUAAUAUCUGCAGCAAAAUUAAUUAAAUUACUUGACUAUAAGCCAAGAACAUAUAAAAAUUCUGUAGCAUAUUCUAAUACAGCAGAGAGAUUUGAUGGUGAUAUAACAUUCACAUCAGUAUCAUUCCGUUACCCUAGUAGACCAGAAGUGAGAGCACUUCGAAAUAUUAGCUUGGAAAUUAAAAAAGAUACUACAGUAGCUUUAGUUGGACCAUCUGGAUGCGGAAAAACAACAUGUCUACAAUUAUUAUUACGUUAUUAUGAUCCAGAUGAAGGACUUAUUUCAAUUGGUAGAAGAAAAACUACUGCUAUACCGCCACAUAUCAUAAGAUCACAGUUAAGUUUAGUAUCACAAGAACCAGUUUUAUUUGAUCGUACAAUAGCUGAAAAUAUUGCAUAUGGCAAUAAUUUUGAUAAUGUUUCAAUGACAGACAUUAUUGAAGCUGCAAUGAAAGCAAAUGUACAUGAUUUUAUAACAAAUUUACCGUUAGGUUAUGAUACACCAUUAGGUAAUAAAGGUACACAAUUAUCUGGUGGUCAAAAACAACGUAUAGCAAUCGCAAGAGCACUAGUCCGAAAUCCCAAAAUAUUGUUAUUAGAUGAAGCAACAUCUGCUUUAGACCUUGAAAGUGAAAAACUUGUACAAAAUGCUUUAGAUGUCGCAAAAACAGGACGUACAUGUAUAGUUAUUGCCCAUCGUAUAACAACAAUACAAAAUGCUGAUCAAAUUUUUGUAAUUCGAAGUGGCAAAGUGAUCGAAAGAGGUACUCAUGACGAGCUAAUGAAAUUGAAUGGAAUGUAUGCUGAUUUAUAUCAUAUGGAACAUUUUUAUUGA